AUGGGCGGUGUCGACAAGCCCAAGACGCAAAAGGACUCAGCUGCCCAUGCCGUUGCCCGUGCUAAGGAUAAGCUUUCCGAGUUGAGCAGUGAAGUUGAACAGACUGCGCAUGACGCUAAAGAAGCUGCGGCUGAAGGUGUCGAAGAUGUGCAGGAAAAAGCGAAAGGCUGGACCACGUUCGCUGCAGAGGCCGCCGGUGAUGCCAAAGACUCUGCGGCACAUGGUCUAGGUGAUGCCAAGAAUAAGGUUGCCGGCUGGAAAGACGACGCGAAGGACAAGCUGUCAGAGUGGGGUAGCGAAGCUGAGAAGGCCGCCUACGAUGCCAAAGACUCCGCGGCACAUGGUCUAGAUGAUGCCAAGAAUAAGGUUGCCGGCUGGAAAGACGACACCAAGGAGAAGCUGUCAGAGUGGGGAAGCGAAGCUGAAAAGACCGCCUACGAUGCUAAAGACUCCGCGGCACAUGCUGUAGACGAUGUUCAGAAAAAGGCUGCCGACUGGAAAGACGAUGCCAAGGAUAAGCUUUCAGGAUGGGGCAGCGAAGCAGAAAAGGCCGCCCAUGAUGCCAAAGAUUCCGCUGCGCAUGCUCUAGGUGAUGCUCAGAAAAAGGCUGCCGACUGGAAAGACGACGCCAAGGAUAAGCUGUCAGGAUGGGGUAGCGAAGCUGAAAAG